AUGCCAACACAAGACGAGAAAAAGUUGCCGCGCGCCCUCUUUGUCGCCAAAAAUAACGUUAUGGCCAAGCGGAUAUCGGCUCUUCUUUCCAAAGACAAAGCUGUAUGGCGCGAUGGUCCGUCACCAUUCAACAAGAUAUACUCGUUCAGUAUGCAUUUUCAAGGAAGGGAAACGCUGAUUUCCGUCACCUCGGUGAGCGGCCAUCUGAUGUGCCCCACGUUUGGCUACAAGCUGAAGGAAUGGCAUGAGAGCACGACCGAAAAGCUAUUCAACGCACCGCUGCUAUAUUGGAGAAAAGAGAAAGUGGCCCAGAACCUCAAAGAUGAAGCUGCGAAUUCCAAUGUGCUGGUGAUUUUGACGGAGUGCGAUCGUGAGGGCGAGAAUAUUGGGGCUCAGAUCAAGAUCGUGUGCCAGGAGGCAAACCCCAAUAUCCAUGUUUUCCGGGCCAAAUUUUCCGCGGUCACAACCGAGUCACUGGAAAGGGCGCUGGAAAACCUUCAUUCCCUAGACGAAAAUAUAGUCGACGCCGUCAAUUGUCGGAUGGAAUUCGAUUUGCGGAUCGGCAGUGCAUUCUCGCGCCUUCAAACGCUCUACUAUCGAAGAUAUUUCCCGGCGCAGUUUCCCCCUGAUGAUCCUAAAGUAAUCUCCUACGGCAGCUGUCAAUUCCCGACGCUUGGCUUUGUUGUGGAGAGGGAGAAGGCCAUUCAACAGUUCAUUGCCAGGUCAUUUUGGAUGCCCCAGCUUGACCACGUCAAGGAUGGCGUUAAAACGGAAUUCACCUGGAAUGGCAAGCCUCAAUUCAACGCCGUCAAGGCCCGGCGCUUCUACACGAAUGCCCGGACGGCUGCCCGGGCGAUCGUCGAAAUGGUCUACACUUACCCGACGACCAAACCGCGGCCGUCGGCCCUAAAUAAGGCAGACCUUCAAAAAUUGGCCAUAAAGCAACUCGGGAUGACUGCGCAUGAAGUUACGGCCGUCGCCGAGCAGCUAUAUCUUCGCGGCCUCAUCUCCAAUCCAAAGACGAAUACGAACAUUUUCCACAAGGGAAUGGAACUCAAUAGCGUCUUGGCAUUGUUGGUUAGCGACACCUCUUGGGGAGCGUUUGCACAGAAAAUCGUCGACGAUGGCGGUGCAAUGCCGAGAAAGGAGUCACAAAAUGACGGCGUUCAUCCCCCGAUUCACCCGCUCAGAUUGGCCACCAGGGACGAAUUCUCUUGCGAGGUUGAGUGGCGCGUCUACGAGCUCGUCGCCCGUCAUUUUCUCGCAUGUUGCAGCAAAGAUGCGAAAGGCCAAGAAACCAGGGUUACGAUCCGACUGGGCGAGGAGAACUUCACGGCCACGGGCCUGCACGUCGACGAUCGGGGCUAUUUGGAGAUCUAUCCCUACGAGAAUUGGGACGAGAAAAGCAUUGGAAAGUACGACCACGGCGAAACUAUCACCGACUAUCAAAUCCAAAUGAUCGAGUCAAAAAUGGAGCCUCCGCCCUUGUUGACUGAAGCCGAUUUGGUCACGCUAAUGGAUGAGAAUGGAAUCGGAACAAGUGCCACUCAUUCUCAGCACAUUCAGACGAUCAAAAAUCGCGAAUACGUGAUGCUCGACGGCAAUCAGAAUUUGUGCAGCACUGUGUUGGGCCGAUCGCUCGUUGAGGCUUAUGAAAAUAUGGGUCUUCCGAUGGCAAGCCCUGGAUUGCACGCCGAUUUCGAGAGGCAGCUGGUGAAGAUUUGCGAGGGAAAGAGGACCAAGGAGCAGGUGCUGAGCGAAUAUCUGGCGAUGUAUCGGCGGAUGUUCCGCGUGGCUGAGGAGCAGAUCCACGAAUUUGGUGCCGCAUUUUAUAGGAAUACUACAUUGGACCAGAUCAAAAUGGAGAUUCCCGAAAUCAUCGACGACAAAUCCUUGGAGAAUGAUGAGAAUCGAAACUGGAUUCAAUUUUCCUCCCUCGACAGCAAUGACACAAAACCGCCAUUCCCCAAUUCGAGCAGCCAACAGGAUACCGACCUCGAUCUGAACUGGCAA